AUGGUUCAGAGUGUUUCUACAGGAGACGGUGGUUCAGAGUGUUUCUACAGGAGACGAUGGUUCAGGGUGUUUCUACAGGAGACGAUGAUUCAGGGUGUUUCUACAGGAGACGGUGGUCAACACGCCGAAGCUGAACGAUCAGGUACAUGUAAAUAUGUACAUUAUUAUUAUUAUUCAUAUUAUACUGACCGCUCCAGUGCCUUGAACACAGUAUCAGUCCCUCUGAACCUUCAGCAGGUUCCUGUUGUCCCUCUGAACCUUCAGCAGGUUCCUGUUGUCCCUCUGAACCUUCAGAAGGUUCCUGUUGUCCCUCUGAACCUUCAGCAGGUUCCUGUUGUCCCUCUGAACCUUCAGCAGGUUCCUGUUGUUCCUCUGAACCUUCAGCAGGUUCCUGUUGUCCCUCUGAACCUUCAGCAGGUUCCUGUUGUCCCUCUGAACCUUCAGAAGGUUCCUGUUGUCCCCCUGAACCUUCAGCAGGUUCCUGUUGUCCCUCUGAACCUUCAGCAGGUUCCUGUUGUUCCUCUGAACCUUCAGAAGGUUCCUGUUGUCCCUCUGAACCUUCAGCAGGUUCCUGUUGUCCCUCUGAACCUUAAGCAGGUUCCUGUUGUUCCUCUGAACCUUCAGAAGGUUCCUGUUGUCCCUCUGAACCUUCAGCAGGUUCCUGUUGUCCCCCUGAACCUUCAGCAGGUUCCUGUUGUCCCUCUGAACCUUCAGCAGGUUCCUGUUGUUCCUCUGAACCUUCAGAAGGUUCCUGUUGUCCCUCUGAACCUUCAGCAGAUUCCUGUUGUCCCUCUGAACCUCCAGAAGGUUCCUGUUGUCCCUCUGAACCUUCAGAAGGUUCCUGUUGUCCCUCUGAACCUUCAGAAGGUUCCUGUUGUCCCUCUGAACCUGAACUGAACAAGCUGAUGUUUAGGAUUGGAGACGUGAUGAUGUGAAGUUGUCCAUCGAGGAGCUGCAGGAUGAUCCUAACUGAGCAUGUUUUGAUGUUUUUGGAAGAAAAGCUUUUCAUGUUGUUUCUGGACGUUUUAUAUCACUUGUUUCUCUCUUGUCUUACCCGAUUACUACACGGCUGAAGGACAACACUACAGGAUCAUUUCUAUCUGUUUUAUUUUCACCAACAUCCCAUGAAAAGACCAGAACCAAGCCCACUGGUUCCUCUUUAAACACGUCUUUUCAUUUCUUCUGACAGCUGUGCUUCUCAAACUGUUCCACCAUGAAUAAAUUGUUUUGUUUUGUUGGUUUGUAAUUUGUCGGACUAUUUUCAACGGUGGAUUUUCGUCCUUUUUGUGACAUGUUCCUUAAUUUCCUGCCAGUGACCAAACACACAGCAGUUUAUUUUGACGUCCUGCUGCUCAUUUCACAAAUAAUCUCCAUACUAAAUAGUGAUGAGGCCAUUGGAAAUAGGAAUUGUCACAAAUUGCUUAAAAAAUAGUGUUACACAUGUAGACGGGUAAUCUGUGUCCAUGUGGAAUAGAAACUGGUUUUCAUGGCUGCUGGCAUUUGUGUUGCAGAACGAGGUCGUGGGUUUUAAAAAGUCUUUCUCUCCUCCCGUCCGCUGCAGCAAAACCCAAGAGCUUCAAACUAAAACGGGAUCAGCAGAGUUUUCAAAAAUCUGUUUUACAAGUUGGAAAACAGCUGCAUUAUGGUGAAAACUUUGUUUUGAAAAGAAAACAUAAUAGUGUGAUGCCUGCAGUGGAAUGCUCACUAAAGGGCCAGAUGUGGAUUAAUCUGCUGAAGAAAGUAGUCCCCACUGUUCCCUCCCACUGGACAAACAUCUGCCAACAACAAGCAGCCAGCAGAGGAAAUGACUGACGCUUUUUAAAAUUAAAACUAUAAGUCAGAAUGUUCACUGGGUUUGGAGGGUGAAUUUCUGUCGUGGGACUAAUAAGAGAAUAUCUUUAUAUGUCACGAGGUUUAACAGAUUAAAGUAUUGAGAGACACUAACCAAGGUUCUUUAAGUAACGAAAACUAACAAAAUAACGAAAACUAGAAUUAAGAAAACAUUUUCGUUAACUGAAAUAAAAAUAAAAACCAGAGUUUUAAAAAAAAAUGCUAACUAACUGAAACUGUAUUGUGUGGUUACAAAACUAACUAAAAUUGUAGUGAAAGUGUCCUUCGUUUUUGUCUUUGUCAACUUUUUUCAGACAUGAUCCAGAGUUUCUAUUAAAGAGGAUUCUGUUAGUGAACAUGCAGGAACACAUAAUAUAAUAUAAUAUGGUGAAUCUGUUUACUGAGACUGGGAUGUUUACACAACAACCAACAUUCAAAACACCUGGAACUGUAAGAGUUAAAAACUAACACUAAAACUAAGCAUUUUCAAAAAAUAAAAACUAACUAAAACUAACUGAAUUUAAAAACAAAUAUUCACAACCAAAUUAAAACUAAAACUGAUGAAAAAUGUAAAACUAUUAUAACCUUGACACUAACUCAUUGUUGCUUUGAAUAAAUUCAUAGGAUUUGUUUCCUUUUAAGACAGAAGACACAACAGCAUUGAGCCAACAAGUUAAAAACAUUUAUUGUCAACACUUCCAUAAUGUACAAAAAACCCUUUGAAUGUGACACCAAAACAAGAGCAAAUGGUGCUUUAAGUUGCAUUUACAUUCAGCCAUCAGUGCACAAACUGCUGAGCCCUGUUUCAAGAAACCAGAAAACCAUCUGGAACAAAAGUUGUCAUGCUAUGAAGUAAAAACCCAAAG